AUGUAUCAACAAGCAGAAAGCUAUGAAAACAUCAUUAAAUCUGUUGGAGAUAAACGUGAAUACAAAGGACUGGUACUCAGGAAUGGCCUAAAAGUCCUAUUAAUCAGUGAUGUGGAGGCAGACAAGUCUGCGGCCGCACUGGACGUAGCCGUGGGCUCGAAGGCACAUCUUAGACCUUCCAUAGCACUGCUU